AAUAGUGUAAAGAAAACAGAUACAGUAGAGGUACAAUCGAUUAUGAAUGAGAAGAGAAGAUUCUCGGAACCAAAAAAUGAAAUUAUACAAAGACGAAAGAGAAAUAGUAGGGUGACAAUAAUAAAAACUUUACCAUCACCUUUCUUAGCUGAAUUUCAACCCUCUAGUCCUACAAAAGAAAUUUUGGAAAGUUCAAAUGAUGAAUUUGAUGACUUUAACAUAAACAAUAAAAGAACCUGUUGUUAUGGUAACAACCACCAUAGUAAUAGUAAUAAUAAUAAUAAUAGUAAUAGUAGUAGUGCUAGUAAUAGUAUUUGCAGUAUUCAUACUAGUACCAAGAGUUUAAAGCAUGAGAGUAGUACUUCCUCAAUGUUUAAAUACGGAGAACCUCCUAUCAAUGGAAGUAUUACCCCUAUUUUUAAAAAAGGACUACUGUAUAAAAUAGUACCACAUGAUGGAACAUGGUAUUUCUAUAAUGACACUGUUAAAUAUGAGAUGAAUGUGCAGUUUAUAUUUAGUAGUUCUUCUAAACUUAUUCCUGGUCCAAAAACGACAGUGAAACGUCUUUCAUCUGGAGAGUAUGAGGCGCACCUUGUUGUGAUGCCAGGUGAUACAGAAGAAUUUAUAUCAGGAGAUAUAAAUGGAUAUAAAAAUAUCUGCACAGCACGUGAUGUAGGAGAGAAAUAUAGAAACAAACAUGUGGAACGGCAAACUGAUGCUAUUUAUUCUCAACUGAAUGAUAUCGCUAAUUUUAUCGGUAAACCUAUAAAGGACUUAACAGAGGAAGAUGUACUACAAACUUGUAAACUUAUGGAGAACUCUCCUGGUUUUAUUGACCCUAUUUUUGGACCCUAUCACUAUUCCUUAUAUCGCCCUAAAAUAGAUAAUAUCUUUCUCUAUGCAUUACCAUGGCGACGUCCACAGGAGUACAUUCCCGUAAGUGAAAAGAAUGAAUGUCGUUUAUUUCGUGCUUCUGUUUCUCCUCAUGAUGUGCAGCGUGGGAGUGGAGGAGAUGCGUAUCUUAUUAGCGCCAUGACUAUUUUAGCAGAGUUUCCCAUGAAAGUACGAGAACUAUUUCGACAUCCUGUGUGUAUAGAAGAUGGAAAAGCUGAACGACAGCAACACGCCUAUCGUGUUACUCUUAACUACUCUGGCUGGUGGAGAACUGUGUUGGUGGAUGAUUAUUUGCCGGCCUCACUGCACGCACCGGAGUUCGCCCGCUGCGAGAGGGAUUUACGUAAACUGUGGGUUUCUCUUCUGCAAAAGGCAUACGCUAAAUUGUAUGGAUCCUACGCGGCUAUUCAGUACGGCGAUACAUUAGAGACAUUGCAGGACUUUUUAGGAUUUCCCACUUGUCGCUUUGAUGAUGAAUGGGCCGCCGCCUUUGUAGAUGGACCAUCCUCCAGUAGUAGUCGAAGUCUUUUUCUUACUAUUGAGUCUCGUCAUCACUCGGGAUAUAUUGUCUGCUUAAGUACACCAGAUGAUGAAUCUGCUGAGGCAACACUGCAAAGGUUUGGAAUGCACUUUGGCCUCUCAUAUUAUAUUAUGGAUAUUGUCCGGCACGGUCAACGUCGUUUGUUAAAAUUGCGAUGCUCUCAUGGAAUCUCUGAAGGCCAUUAUACAAACCUCUCACAGCAUAUAAGCUUUUACAAACCAUCCCAAGAAGAAGAAAAAGAAGAAAAAGAACAUAAUAAUAAUAAGAGAGAAGAAGAAAAGGAAGAUGAAGAAGGGGCAUUAUGGUUAGAUUGGUCUGAGGCAUUACGUCUCUUUGAUGGUGGUGGUAUAUGCACGACACGCUUUGCAUAUAAAGAUUAUCGAGUGCGUGGUAACUUUAACGCCUGUAUGCCUAACGUAGUAGUGAAGAUUGAUAUUACUGUAGGAUUGAAUGCCUAUUGUAUACUCUCGCAGCCAGACAAUCGUGGUAAUGUUAAUACCACUGAUAAUAAUGAGUCCCUACUUCCAUUGAUGCUCUGCGUAACUCUUAGUAGUUCAGGUGAGAAAGAUUUACAGUAUUUUGAUGUUUGUGCCUCCACAGUUCCGGAUUUAACAACUUUUCAACAGGACUUUAUAGUUGCACGGGAUAUCGCUCUACAUUAUAAAUUUGAUCCUAGAUGUAGUCCAUAUUAUAUUAUUCCACGUGUUUAUGGGAAUACGGGAAUACUACCCUACACUAUAGGCCUUUUAACAGAUCGAAUGAUUGACAAUAAUGCCGUUCGUGUGAAUUUUGUUCAAUUUCCAAAUGAAUUACCAGAAAUCUUAGAAACUAUUUCUGUAUUAGACACAUCACCAGUAGAGACAGAUUACCAGAUUCGUAGAAGUACUGGUAUUGUUAAAGUAAAACGUGGUACAGGUAUUCAUAGCGAUGAAUCCUCCCUUCAUGAAGAAAAGUGA